GUCGCGCCGAAACAAGCCCUUCGAGUAUGACAAAGGAAGAUGCAGCGCCAGCCGGCGGUCGAGGGCAAGGAAAAAAGAGAAAGAACAGAGCGAAGAGCGCGCACUAUGUGCCUCCAGGAAGACAGGUAGCUGCCGCAGCAAUAGCCCCGGAUGCCACGUCGGACGUUGGUUCGAUGUCGAAAAAGGCCAAGCAUGCUGCGUGUGACCCUUCCCCCGCUCCUGUGGCGACAAAGCCGGUGGUUACGUCGCGCGGCGCUAUCAAUCUCAGAUCAAAUGCUCCAGUCACUCCAUCUGUGCCCGUCAGUGCCGACCAAUACGAUGGAACAUCAUCGAGCGGAAAAUCCAAGUCCAAGAAGAAAAAGCGCAAAAAGGCCGGGACGAGCGGGGACGCAAGUGAUAUUUCUCCUGGGGAGAACUCCAGUGUUACGGAAUCGCCUAUGAAAGUCGCGCGGCGGCUGAACGCUGCCGCCAUCGGGUCGUCAACGUCGACGCCACUCACCGCAUCCGCGAAAUCACUGCCGAGGGUUUCAACGAACAAACCAACACCUCCCAGUGGGGGUCCACUGGCACCAGUACAUCCCAAAGGAGGUACCAAGGCCGUGGCGCAAUUGUCCAAUGACAUGUCGCCGAACGUUCCAGACAAGCAAGGAGGUCAUACGUCGGCUAAAGUACGCCCGACUCCGCCACCUGGUGCUCAAGGCACCCCUCCAGCUAAUCUUUCCCUCCCUUCGUUGCCCUCGAAAUCGUCCCUUGCGAAGAAGAGGAAGAAAGCGAACCGUGCGGCGGCAGCCGCCGCCAAACAGCUCAACCAGGGACCAGAUGUGGCCACUGAUAGUCCUACUACUGGGACCCCCGAGGUGUCCUCAUCCCCUUCAAAUCCAGUGGAGCCAUCACACGUCACAACAAAGUCGUCGCUGGCGGCCGGAAGAGCGUUCGCGAAAGCGUUGAAGGCAGUGGCCACUGUUCCCAGUGACACCGAACAACUACCGUCAAUGGUCGUCGCGACUUCGACCCUAGUCGUUGUGGCUGAUUCAAUCAACGCAAGUCCUGUACGGGCCCCACCUCAGCCAGUUGAACGUCCUGUACGCAAUUCUAACAUAGCUACCAGCGGCCGUCACGUGUCCACCCCCCCCAACGCACCAAAUCCAGUGGUUUCAAAGCAAGCCAGAACGAGCAACGCGAUCACGUCGGAUACCCCUGCUGGCACGAUUAAGACAUCCGUCCCUUGUACAGUAGUGUCAUCCAUAUCAUCGAGUGCCACCUCAGCGAAGUUCACUCCAGAGACACCAACUGUCGAUUCUGAAUCCACAAGCGAGCCCGCUCCACUAGCUAAAGGACAUGACUCGUCUGGUCCUGGUGACAAAGUGAUGACAAAGCCUACAGAACCAAGUGUGCACAAUGAAACGCUGCCGUCCCCUGGUCGAAAAACAACUCCCGCAAAGUCGCCAAGCAACUCCACUACUCCUGCCAGCACGACCCCUCGUGUGGAUGCCAAGCCAUGUGAUGUUGUGACACUACCAUCGGCGGUGGCUCCAGACAUUCUCAAGCCUGCUGCCACCCCAGAAGCCACCACCACCCAAAUGCCAAGUACAAAUGCGUCCCGAGUUGCAUCCACAUCUGCUCCAGUGCCACCAGCCACUUCCCCAACAAAGCAUCCAGUGCUACAACCAACCUCUGCUCCAUUAUCACCCCUUAUGGAUCCAGAAGCCACUCAUUUUCCACCAAACGCAACCACCCCCAAACAAUCGACACCAGUUCCUGACAUUGCGCCAUCGGUGGACACGACGACACCUCGGAGCGCAUUGAGCGAACCCCUCGUCCGGUCAUCUAGCCCUUCCGUGUCACGAGAGCAAACAACAGUGGCUGCUUCACCGUCUGAACCUUGUCCGACAAAGGCGCCGAGUCCUGUCGUGACCCCAGCCGGUUGGUCGGUCCCACCUGCAGCCCCCACCAUCGCAUCUCCAACUCCCCCCACCGUUGUCAACACGGGUUCAACGAUAACUCGUGCCCCUCGUACACAGGAUCCUCCAUCGCCAGUUUCCCCAGCAUUUCGAAGUCACAGGAACGUCGACCUGAUUCCCACGACAAUACCCACGCCUCGCCCACAACCCCAAUCCACUCCCGCCACCCCCUUGGCGGCGUCAAUCCCUCGACGGCUCCACGCUCCAUCCGUCGCCACCACCACCACCCCGGCAUCGUCGGCCCCGUCCUCGAUCGUGGGCGUUGCACCCCGACCCGCCAGUACCCGUCAAGCGCCGCCGCCCCUCUUCCCCCAGCCCCCGUCCAUGCUUCCAAGCCACGUUCCUUCACCCGUGGCCCCAUCGACGCCUUCGUGGACAGUCACUUCGUUUGGCACCACUCCGUCCCCAUCGGCGUCGUUGUCCUCCAACUUGUCGACUCGAGUCGCGUGUUCUCCGUUAAGCACGUGGUUCCUCUCGUCGGGUCAAGCCAACUUUAUCCGUCAGUCCAACGCGGCCUUGUCCACCAAGCCCAAAGAAUACAGCAGCGCCAUAUCCACGCCAGCAAUUUCAGCGGAAGAGAAGGCGUUUUAUGCGCACUUGGCGUCCACCCACUGGCGCAGCUGGUACACCGCGACGUCUGUGGCCCCCGACUCGGUGCUGGACCCGCCACUGCCGCAUGUGCCCACGGAUGUGCAAGUCAAGAUCGAUGCAGUUAAUCCCACAAAACUGCCGCCUUCCAUCCAACAGGAGUGUGACCUGCCAUCGUCGUUUGACAGGAUGAUGGCGGCGCUGUCCCGCGAAAAGGCCGCGUCGUCGUCAUUUGAACGCCAAAUGAUUCAGGUUCUGCAAGGCAAGACUAUGUCUGGACAGCCGUUCGAAGAAGCGUAUCGUAGCAUAUUGGACUAGCCGUAGACAUAAGAGAGUUCGUUGCACUUGUCCGUUG